UUAUUUUGGAAUAUGAAAGCUGUAUUUUGAAUAAAGUGCUUUCCACGCUGCAGAUACCAGGUGGAGUUUAGGACCCGCCUCAUUCAUUUGAACUGCACAGCUGACGUGCGUCUCCAGUAGUUUCUCUGUUGCGGCCACGCGAGUUUUUUCGUCUCUCAUACUUGAAACUUCUGAAUUAGGGAUUCGUAUAGUUUCUAAAGAGAAUAUGUCGAUCAAUGAAACGUACGUGUUCCGUCCCUUUAGAGUGAUCGCUCUGUUCUGCGUGUUUCUGGCACUUUGUCUAGACGUGGUAGCACUGCUCAGUCCGGCUUGGGUCACCGCUGAACAAUACUCUCUUUCGCUUUGGGAGUCCUGUAACAAAAACGGGGACUUUUGGCAGUGCACCCCUACGUUCAGAACAGACUGGCAGGUGGCCACACUGGUGUUGCUGCUGGCUGGAGCAGCAGUCACUCUGGUGGCGUUCAUGAUCAGCCUCAUCUCGCUGUGCUGGGGCACCCAGAAGAAACACUACCGCACUGUGGCCAUCUUCCUCUUCACCGCAGUGGUUCUGCAGGCCUGCGCACUGGUCCUCUACCCAAUCAAGUUCAUCGACGGGGCAGUGCUGCAGACGUACCACGAGUUCAACUGGGGCUAUGGACUGGGCUGGGGGGCUACCAUCUUCAUGCUGGGAGGGGGGAUCCUUUUCUGCCUCCGGACGGACUUGUACGAGGACCCCUAUUACUAGGCCAAGACAAGAUUCUUCUUAUUGUUAUUAUUAGACCAGUAAAUGGGACUAUUAUUAGACUGGGCUUGUUGGAAAGAUAGACUUGGUAACCGCUGUAUGAAGAGGCUGGUAUUCUCAGGCCAUGCAGAGAUGAGGGUGAGAGCUGUUAGAGGUGGAACUCAAGGACAGAUGCAAUCAAUCCCCAUGUAACAACUUCAGCUGCUGACUCCAUGCGGAUUUCCAUGUGUUUAAAAAAAAAAAAUAGAUUUUUUUUCUUUGCUACAGCAGGAGAUAACAUGAAAUGUUUUAUUAAAUCAUGUAACCUAAUCUCAUCCCUGUUUUCCUCACUAUUCCACAGGUUCAGUGCCUCCCCCCACCCCUUCUAUUCACACUGUGUAUAAAAUGUGCAUGCCUUUUAAAGCUGCAAUAAACUGCUUGUCCUAGUUUAGCCAGGGUUGUCAGGUAGGGGUGAAAUGAUUUGAAACUUGGUCAAGUAGACAUUUCUUUUUAAUGCUUCGAUCAGUUUUACCUCUGAAUUCAUAACUAAGUGUGUGGUUUUUGUUUUGGUUUUUUUUUUAAUAAAUAUAUUCUGAAAGGAUAAAA